AUGUCUUCAUCGAUCCCCGCCGUCCAUCCAGGAAGAGUCCGGGUCCUCAAGCCCGGCGUGGAUCCGAAAUCCCCGGGCCAGGGGCCGGUUGUGUACUGGAUGUUCAGGGACCAGCGGCUGAGGGACAACUGGGCUCUCAUCCACGCCGUCCAUCAGGCCAACCAAAUGAAGGUGCCCGUUGCCAUAGCCUUCAAUUUGUUCCAUCAAUUUAAGGGCGCGAAAGCUCGGCAUCUAGGGUUUAUGCUGAGGGGGCUCAAGAGAUUGCACUCUGAUCUUCACUCCACUCUCGAAAUCCCCUUUUUCUUGUUCCAGGCGAGUUCUCCAUUCGGUUUUGGUGAGGCUGUGGACACUAUUCCAAAUUUCCUAAAAGAAUGUGGGGCUUCACUUUUGGUGACAGAUUUCUCACCAUUGCGUGAGGUUCGGCAGUGGAAAGAGGAGAUCUGCAAGAGGGUGAGUGCGUCUGUGUCAAUUCAAGAAGUCGAUGCACACAAUGUGGUUCCUGUUUGGGUUGCGUCCGACAAAUUGGAAUAUGGUGCCAGGACUAUAAGGAACAAAAUAAACAAGAAGCUUGCGGAGUAUUUGGUCGAUUUUCCAGAGCUAGGAUUUCAGAAGCAGAAAUGGUCAACCUCCAUUAAUUAUAUAGAUUGGGAUAACCUCAUCUCAAGUGUUGUAAGGCUAAACAUGUUGGGCAGUACAACUAACAAUAUUAUCAGGCAAGGAGCAGAAAUUCCUGAACUAGAAUGGUGUGAGCCAGGUGAACGUGCUGGAUUGGAAGUACUAGUAGGGGAAAAAAAUGGGUUCUUGAAAUCAAGAUUGAAGAAUUAUGCCACGGACAGAAAUAAUCCUAUGAAACCCAAAGCUCUGUCCGGGCUCUCUCCGUAUUUGCACUUUGGGCAGAUAUCGGCACAGAGAUGUGCCCUCGAGGCACAAAAAGUUCGAAAACUAAAUACGCAGGCAGUUGAUGUUUUUCUGGAAGAGUUGGUUGUACGAAGAGAACUUGCUGAUAACUUCUGCUUCUAUCAGCCACAUUAUGAUUCUCUACAAGGUGCUUGGGAGUGGGCUCGCAAGACAUUAAUGGACCAUGCAGCUGAUAAACGCGAACAUUUAUACACCCGAGAGCAAUUGGAGAAAGCUCAAACUGCUGAUCAGAAAUCUCGCCUUUUUCUCGUCUUCUCGCAGCUAUGGAAUGCUUCACAGCUAGAACUGACCUUGAUGCUUUAUGAUAAAAUCGUAUUCACCAAUUAUUGUUCCUCGACCUCGAUGUACUGGGCAAAGAAGAUUCUUGAAUGGACUAGUGGGCCUGAGGAAGCUCUUGCAACAUCAAUAUACUUGAAUGAUAAGUAUCAUAUAGACGGCAGGGAUCCAAAUGGCUAUGUCGGAUGCAUGUGGUCAAUAUGUGGAGUACAUGACCAGGGUUGGAAAGAGAGACCAAUUUUCGGGAAAAUACGAUACAUGAAUUAUGCCGGUUGCAAGAGAAAAUUCGAUGUGGAUGGCUACAUUGCUUAUGUUAAGAGAAUGGUGGGUGAGUGCAAGAAGAGGAAAGCGGAAAACCUGCUUAACGAGAAAGCAAAAGAACUGCGUCGUUAAGUGAUGGCUUGCUCAAUCAAACAUACAUUGGUGUUAACAGUUUGAUAUUAUUAUGCUAAAGUUAUCGUGUUUUGGAGAUGUGAGUUGCGCUGUAGAUUUUCCCGGCAAAGGCUGAACUUAGGAGAACGCCGAAUUCCAUGCAUUUGUGAAAGUGGUAUGUAAGUGAACCUACUCUGAACUUUGUACAAUGUAGCCAUAGGUGAAGUUCUUUUUUGCUUUGUCUGUGGAUGGGCAGUGUGGAGUGUUCAUUCAGUAGGUAUUUAAUCUUGAUUUUUGAAGACAUUCUAAAGUCCACCAAAAUUCCAGAUUUUUUUUGUGAUUUUCCGUAGUCGUAAGCUAAUUCGUGUUGUCUACAUUGUCCAGAUGAGUGACUUAUUUUUGUACCUGGUUUGUUAGACAAAAAAUCUUUCUCGCUUCAGUAUGAUGAUUAUAUUCCAUUUUUU